CCUGCGAAGGGCGGGCCCUGUUUCCGGGGCUUGAGAAAUCGUCGCGUUUCUGAGGCGACACCUCAGCCGGCAGUUAGACACCGCACAGGGAGUCGCUCCGAGCGGUGGGUCUCGGCCCCUAGCGUCACCAUGGGAGCCGUCCUGGGCGUCUUCUCCCUCGCCAGCUGGGUUCCAUGCCUCUGUAGUGGUGCAUCAUGUCUGCUGUGUGGUUGCUGUCCCGUCAGUAAGAAUUCCACUGUAACUCGGCUCAUCUAUGCUUCUAUUCUCAUCCUUGGCACUAUUGUGUCUUGCAUCAUGAUGACAGAAGGCAUACAAACUGAGCUGAAGAAGAUUCCUGGAUUCUGUGAAGGAGGAUUUCAAAUCAAGAUGGCUGACACAAAGGCAGAGAAAGAUUGUGAUGUCCUGGUCGGUUUUAAAGCUGUAUAUCGGAUCAACUUUGCUGUGGCCAUCUUUUUCUUUGCCUUCUUUUUGCUCAUGUUAAAAGUAAAAACAAGUAAAGAUCCCAGAGCAGCAAUACAUAAUGGGUUUUGGUUCUUCAAGAUUGCUGCCAUUAUUGGUAUCAUGGUUGGAUCUUUCUACAUUCCUGGGGGCCAUUUCACUUCAGUCUGGUUUGUGGCUGGCAUGUUUGGGGCCACUUUGUUCAUUUUGAUCCAGCUGGUGCUCUUGGUAGACAUGGCUCACUCCUGGAAUGAAUUAUGGGUAAAUCGAAUGGAAGAAGGAAACCCAAGGUUCUGGUAUGCUGCUUUGCUGUCUUUUACCAGCCUCUUUUACAUCCUUUCCAUCGUCUUUGCUGUGCUGCUCUACAUCUUCUACACCAAGCCCGAUGGCUGCACAGAAAACAAGGUCUUCAUCAGCCUUAACCUGAUUUUUUGUGUUGCGGUUUCUAUUGUAUCCAUCCUCCCCAAAAUUCAGGAGCAUCAGACUCGCUCUGGCCUCCUGCAGUCCUCCAUCAUCACUCUGUACACUCUGUACCUCACAUGGUCAGCCAUGACCAAUGAACCUGACCGUUCCUGCAACCCCUCCCUUAUGAGCAUCAUUACCCAUUUAACGUCACCAACUGUGUCCCCAGCAAAUGCAUCUACUCUUGCUCCUGCCUAUACUCCACCAUCACAGAAUGGACACUUUAUGAAUUUGGAUGAUUUUGGGGGGCUGUCUAUCUUUGUUGUCUGCCUUAUAUAUUCUAGCAUCCGUACUUCAAGCAACAGCCAAGUUAACAAGCUGACUCUUUCUGGGAGUGACAGUGUUAUCCUUGGUGAUACCACCAAUGGAGCCAGUGAUGAAGAAGACGGGCAGCCACGGCGGGCUGUAGACAACGAGAAGGAAGGGGUGCAGUAUAGCUACUCCUUGUUCCACUUGAUGCUCUGCUGUGCUUCCUUGUACAUCAUGAUGACCAUAACCAGCUGGUACAGCCCUGAUGCCAAGUUCCAGAAGGUAUCCAGCAAGUGGCUAGCUGUGUGGGUCAAAAUGUCUUCCAGCUGGGUGUGCCUCCUCCUUUACCUCUGGACUCUUGUGGCUCCCCUGGUCCUCACUGGUCGGGACUUCAGCUGAGCUCAGGGUGUCAAGAACACUGCUAAAGCUGAUAAACUCUCCUUUCCUGAAAAAUGCAUAUCCAUUUUACAUUUCGUCAACUAAACUAUGGAGUGAACGCUUUGCAAAUUUGGCUGUAUUCAAGUUUAUAUCAAAAGGCAAGAUUGAAUAAUGCUUGGUGCAGAAUCUGAGCUUUCAUAUAUAUAUAU